AGUAGGAGAAGAAAAUGGAUUUUGUGGCUCUGAAAAGCCUUUCUGGCUGACUCUGGAUCCGGGUGGCUGGCAGCAGGGAAAGAAGGCAAUGCAAAGAGCCGUUGAUGCCUAGGCGUGCAUUUGCAGAAUUUUCACCCUCAAAGUCCUCCCCCUUUAGAAAACUUGUGCAUGCAAAAUCUCUUUUCUAAAAAGCAGAACUGGGGAGCUGAGAUAUUUUUUUUUGUCCUUCCAGAUGGAGGUAGCCAGAUAUAUCCUUUGCACUGACUUGAGACAGAUUUUUGACUAUUCACUGGUUUCUAAGGAUUUUCCAUUUUAAAUUCUAAGAUGGAGAGGGAAGAGGAAAUAAGGAAACGAACUCCCCAGAAUCCAGAGGAAAGCAAGAACCUGAACAGUGUUGGCUCAGGUAAGAAACCAGAAAUGACUCUCACUGAUGACAAAAUGGCUUCUGCUGCCAUUGCUGUUGCCACAGCGGCAGUAGCAGCAGUAAAGACUGUCAUAGGGGUCCACUCUCGCAUUUUCACAAGGCUGGCAAUGCGUCGUAAAUUUCUCCGGCGAGACCACGAUGACAUGGAUGAGUUGGAGAAGAUGGUGGAAAAUGCAGCUGCCUUGCGCCUCCGGGCCACUGUGGAAUCUAGCAUAGACUCCUUGAGAAGCAUGAUGUGCUCUUGCCUCUUCCAGUCACCAGCAGUCCUUGCUGGACUUAUAGAUGAACUUUACAUCAUGGAACGGGCUUUCUGGGUGCAGCCAGGCCGAUCCGAGUGGUGGGAGAAGGUUGUCUUGCCCCACUGGGAUGACCCACUCUGGCAAGAAAAUUUCAGGAUGAGCCGCCAGACUUUUAUGGAACUGUGUGAGAUGCUGAGGCCUGUCCUGGAGCGACAAACCACAAACAUGCGGGCCCCGAUUACCGUUGAAAAGCAGCUGGCUAUUGCUAUCUGGAAACUGGCCACUCCAGAUAGCUAUCGGUCAGUGGCUGAGUGUUUUGGUGUGGGACGCUCCACGGUUUCAAGGAUAGUCAUGGAAGUUUGCCAAGCACUCUAUGAUGUGUACCACCACGUGGUCCACCUGACUCGUCCCCAAGUGGUGAUGAAAGGCUUUGCGGCCAAGGGCUUUCCGCACUGCAUAGGGGCGAUUGAUGCAACACACAUCCCAAUCAUUGCUCCUGCUCACAGAGCCACAGAGUACAUCAACAGCAAGGGCUAUUACUCAAUGGUCCUGCAAGCCUUGGUGGACCAUGAAGGGCAGUUCACUGAUGUCUAUGCCGGCCGGUCUGGAAAAGUCCAUGAUGCUAGGAUCUUCCGUAGCUCUCCUAUCUUCCGUGCCAUGAAUCAGGGCACAUUUGGUCCCAACAUGACUAUGGUCAUGGAGGGUGAACAAGUGAAACCCGUGAUUCUUGGAGACCUGGCUUAUCCGCUUCUGCCCUGGCUAAUGACUCCCUAUAGUGGCCACUUGGACACCCGUAGGCAACUGUUUAAUGACACCCUUGGCUGCUGCCGAACAGUAGUGGAGGAUGCUUUUGAGCGCCUCAGGGGCCGUUGGCGGUGCCUGCUGUCCCGUCUAGACGUGAGGGAACGCUAUGCCCCCAGGGUCAUUGUGGCCUGCUGCAUACUUCACAACAUUUGUGAGACCAAAGGCGAGCCCCUCCAGGAAGGGUGGGAAGAAGUGGUGAGAUCUGUCUCCAGAUCUUACCAGCAGCCAGAGAGGCAGCCAGUGUAUGUAUCAAACUCUCGUGCUCGGGAGAUCAGAGAUCUUUUUAGCACAUACAUGCAACGAAGAGAAUGGAGAAUGCAGAUCUGAAUUGUUUCUUUUCCACCAAAGAAACCCGUGUGUGUACAUUUUGGGCAGUGUUUGGGAAAGUUACAUUUUAAAAAAGAAGUAAAACUCUCCCUGGCAGCACAGCCACUGGGUAGGGCAGCAGUUCUCAGACUGUGGGGCAGGAUCCCCAGGGCAUGUAAUAGUUGUUCAAGGGGAGUGUGCGACUUGGAUGCUCUGAUUCCUCCUCUUCCUCCUCUUCCCAAUUUUUUUAUAUGUAAAAUUUACACCUAUGUUGAGUUGAAUAUUAAAUUUACUUAAACAAAACUGUUCUAAUUUGAAUGAAGUUAUUUCCUAAAAAUUUUUUAAAAAUAUGACUAUGCAUGAGUGUGCAAAUGAAAAUACACACAUUAUAGAAACAAAAUAUUUUUAUUCAUAUCCAAGCUUUGCUCUUGGGAAGAGAAUAAAGUCUCUUCUUCCACUGCUCCUCAAGAUUUUUCAUAGAAUGCACUGGUCCCAAUUUGAUGGCUGCUGGGUUAAUUGGCAGUCCCUACUGAAGGUGGAGUGAUUUGAAAUUGCAAAUGAUGGAUGCCCAGGCUUCCUGAUUUCAGUUUUCAUGGUACCUCCAUGUGCUUUUAACUUCCAGAUGGAGAACAAUAACUUUCCCCUGUGCUCUGCUUUUCAAGCAGAAAUAUAUUGGAAUGCUAUGGCUGUGUCUUUACAUAAUACUUAUUCCACUUGACUAGGACAAGCUCCAAGUUCGGUGGAGGAUUUUGGCCACAUGGGCUUUGAUGCACCCCCUCAUUUCUUAAUGGACCAGAGUCCCAGAAAUGAUAGAGUUUCUGAAUAGGACCAGUACAGGGGAGGCCUGGUUCCAAAAUGUAUCCAGCCAUGAUAAGUCUAGAAAUUUUAGUCAAAAC